UCUCGUAGGCCCUUGAAUUUUUUCAUAUCGUUUGAGUUCGAUUAACAAAAUUGCAAGGCUUCAUUUGGAUUCAUAUUUUAACACGAAGGGAAGUCUUCGUGUUGCAUUUCCUCUUUUUGCAAACAGCACUUUAGUGGAAAGCAAGGAUUUUUGCACCAUCUUGUGGAUUCAAUUCUCUCUUUCUUAACAACUAAUAAUUUAGCUCAUUAAUACUAUUGUUUGUAAAAAUUAAAAAAAAAUAAAUUAUAUAUUAAAAAUAAGUUAAAAAAAAGGCAUUCAUCCAAUAAAUAAAUUUAAGUCACCAAACACUAAGAGAAACGACAUCGUACGCUGAAAAGGAAUUUCAAGGUUUUCUUCCUUGCGACUCACUGGAGUUGCAAACGAACUGGAACCGUGGAAUCACGGCUUCGUUAAGAAAGAUUAGUGUUGGUUGAAGAGGGUCCUUCAUUGGCUUUGCGCUGAUGUGAUUUUUUUGUGUAAAAUUUUUGGCACCAAAAAGAAAUUAUGGCACGGAGGAAGAAAUUGUGCGAGAGAUCCAAUUUCAAUGGCAAAAUUAUGGACUGCCUUGCAAGGUAUUACAGCUCAAAGAUGGGCUUAAGGAAGCUAAAGCCUAUGAUUCAGAAGAGAAUCCAAAACCGAGCUAAAGAUUACCCAGUGCCGGCCAUGGUACCAGUUGCACAGGAGGUCCUUGAUACCGGGAGGCUUGUUAUGCAAGGUGUCUCUACUCUCCUCAAAAUGGUACGACUUUUGGCCUGCAAGUUAUGUCCACAAGUAUAUAUAGGUGAGAAAGGCCACUUAAUUCAGACUUGUUGUGGCUUCAAACGUCGUGGCAAAAAUCGAGUUCAUGAAUGAGGUUUGAAAGAUGUGCUUGUUCCAGUACAGGCAUUUCACCUCAAGCACACGUUCCAGGAUGUUAUAAAACACCAUCAGAGGUUUGACCUUGAACGUGUUCCUGCAGUUGUUGAGCUCUGGCAAUCAGGGGCAAAUGAUGGAAAUCGUUUAAAUUGGAACUCUGAAAGUGAUUGUGUUGGCGUUGUUGGAGCUGAGUCUUUGUCAUCUGAUGAACUGAUUCUGGUUGCCAGUGGAACUUUGAGGGCAUGGGAAAUACUUAGAAAUGGCGUGGAGAAGUUGCUGAUGGUUUAUCCAGCGAAAAUCUGUCAACGUUGUUCAGAAGUUCAUGUUGGGCCAUCUGGGCAUAAGGCUGCUAGGCUUUGCGGAAUUUUUAAGUAUGAGAGUUGGCAGGGAACCCAUUUUUGGAGGAAGGCAAAUGUAGAUGAUCUUGUACCUCCAAAGACUCUAUGGCGGCGGCGUCCUCAGGAUCCUCAAGUACUUUUGAAUGAAGGGAGGGGAUAUUAUGGGCAUGCUCCGGCAGUAGUAGAAUUAUGCACACGGGCAAGUGCCAUUGCACCUCCAAUCUGCAUGAUGAAACCAGGUGUAAGUACCACACUUGGAGAUCAAAGGUUGCUUCACCCGAAUGAUCAAAUGUAAAUGCUGGUUGAUACGAAGGUAGAAUAUUGAACCUAGUAGAAGCUCCCCAGGACUGUUGGAUCACAGAUGUGUGUAGAAAUGCUUAUAGCUGUGACGCUUGAUGAUCUGAAAUGGGAAAACGAAACACCUCACAAGCUCCCUUUAGAUGGUCCGAUCUUCAUUCUUAAGAAUGAUUGUAACAUCAGAUGACUGACAACGGAGUUCAAGAUGGGUCGCAAAAUCAACUGAACGCGUAUUGUCCCCUUCAGUUAGAGCAUGAAAGAGCUGAUCGAAUUUGUAGCUUUGCUUUAGCUAUGCACGCAGAAACAGAAACGUGGAAAUUUAAUCAGGCUUUUCUUGUAUUUAAUGAUGUUUUAGAUGGUUAAUUCAACUUAACAAAUCAUUGGAACGCUUAUUACUUAAGCUUCUCUGUAGAUAUUCGGUACUAUGACUAGUUUACGAUUGAUUUUCGGCUA